AGUGCAUAUCAAGCAGCGGUAGCGAAAAGCAAAUGAAUAAAUAAGAUGAAAGAAAGAACUUGAUAAUUAAUGUGUGAGUGAAAGAAAAAGAAAAAAAAAGAAAAAGGAAAACAUUAUUAUUAUUAUUAUUAUUAUUAUUAUUAUUAUUAUUAGUGUAAAAGUGAACGAAAAAGAAAUAACAAAAUAAAAUGAAAUAAACUUGAAAAAAAUGAUUAAAAAACACGAAAAACAAACUUAAUUAAUAAAAAAAUCUAUCAAAACAACUUUUUAAUCCUGAUCUUCAACAAGUACCACCACCAUCACCACCCGACCACCACCACCACCACCAUGCAUUCCCACGUGUUCGAACUACUGGCAUUGACUUUAACCACCAUUACAACCUUGACCUCAGCCACUUGGACUUACGAAGGGACAACAGUGACCUUAGCAUUGGUCAACUAUACCUACCGUGACCCCAGACGCGAUGGAGUUGUAGUAGAAGUGGGUCAAGUUGGUAAAUAUGCACCGGGUCAAGUCGCCAGCGCAUCCGGACAAGUUGUAGUCGGAAAUCUGGCGGGAAAGUCGCGAGAUUUGAACACAGUCGAAGAAGGAUGCGAAUUUCCGUGGACCUCUCCUUCUUCAGCGCCUUCAGGAACCUGGGUGGCGUUAAUAAGAAGAGGAGGAGGCUGCCCAGAUGAGGAGAAGAUUAAAAUAGCUGCUGCCAAUAAUGCUACAGCUGUUAUUUUGUACACGAAAGAUGACCAAGCCCAUUUGAGGAAACUUGCUGUCAAUAAGGCGGGGCUGGCUGUAGUGUGGCUGGGGGAGGAGGAGGGGCGCAGCCUGGCCCAGGUGGUGGCAGGGGGAGCUGAGGUAGUCAUAAGUCUUGUACCGGGCCACAACCUUCGCUACCAUGUUACCAGCGUGAACCGCAGGGAGUCUUUGGGCCAGCGGUUUGUGGCAUGGAACCCUCUGUGUGAACCAAGGAUGUUUCCAGUUGACUGUGUUAUUGUGACCUCCGUGUUGUUCGUGUCCGUGUCCUUCAUAAUCCUGAUGUCAAUAUCCCUCGCAUGGCUGGUGUUCUACUACGUGCAAAGGUUCCGCUACAUUCACGCUAAGGACAGGUUAGCGAGACAUCUUUGCAACGCUGCCAAGAAAGCACUCGCGAAAAUACCUGUGAAGAAUUUGAAAGCAACGGAUCGGGAGGUGUCGCUGGAUGGGGAGUGCUGUGCUGUCUGCAUUGAACACUACGAAGCGGGCGAGGCUGUCAGAACUCUACCCUGCAAACACCUCUUCCACCGGUGUUGCGUGGACCCCUGGCUACUGGAACACCGUACCUGUCCCAUGUGCAAGAUGGAUAUUCUGAAGCAUUACGGAUAUGUGUUCUCGGGCAGCACGGAGACAGUGUUGCCAAUGGAGGAGGAUGAAGGAAUUGAGUUUGAACUGAGAAGUCUGAGUGAGAGCGAGGAGAGUGUGCUGCAGCUGGACCUGGGGGAUGGAGGGGAGGGACUUGGAGGGGCAGUGGGGGUGCAGGGGGGUAGGGACGCCACCUCCCACCCACAGGGGCCCCAUACACCCAGGGCAGCCCCUCACUUCACCCCCGUCGUAAUGGUUUCAAGAAAUGAGGGGAGAACAAGAACAGGAAGUGGGGAGAGGCAGGGAGUCAUGGGUGGGGAGACAGGCUUCACAGACACCCCCAUCUCCUCCAUCCACCCCUCCCGCUCCUCCUCCUCCCCAUCUCUCUCCUCGCUGGCCACUUCCACCAAGAGUCUGUCUGCUACCUCUGUAAUAUCCAAGCUGGGCCCUUCACCGCGACAAGGAGAUAUCAGAGACGGGACACCACCACCACCACCACCACCAGCACAGCCAGAGCCGGGCAGCGAGGGGCGUGGGGAGGAGGAGCUGGAGGUGUCUUCAGUCUGUUCAGCCCCGUCCCCCUCAACACCACGGGCCCCUACUCCUGUGUCUGGCGGCGUUGCUGUGGGAGGUGCCCAGGCAAAGGAUGCUGUAGGCAGUGACCCCCCCGCCCCUCCGCAGCCCCCACCGACAGCCCCAACGCAGCCCCCACCACCUCAAAGGCCCAGGAGACGAGAGACACCCAAAGAGAGCGAUUCUUCAACAGCCUCUCUUCGCCCAGCUAGUCACGUCAUCAGUGUGUCACAUUUCUGAGGGCACAGGAGCAAGCGAGAGGCUCGGAGGGCGUCAGGAAGGUGCCAGGAAGGUGCCAGGAGGGUGUCAGAAGGGCGUCAGGGCAUGGCAGUCCCUCAGCAUCAAGAUAGUGCCAUGUUUUUGAGGGUUUGUGUAGGUAUAAGCAUUGUCUGAAGAAGGCAUUAAAAACUUCAUAGUGUUUUCAAGGGUGAUGAGUUUUAAGGGUGAAUACUGACGGGAAAGUACUUGAGGAAGGGGGAAAGACUCACUUAAGUACUUGUAAUGGGUGAAAAGUGCCUUGAAAGUAGUUUAAGAGAGUGCCAAGAUUCUUAAACUAGUCAAACGAUGCAAACUCCCUUACAAGUAGCUGAAACUC